CCCUACGUCCCUUUCUUUGUCCUCGUCCCUCCACUACCUCUUCGCAGACACCCUCCUUUCCUCUCUCUCAUUCUCCAGCAUGGCAACAACAAAACUUGCUACCCUCUUCAUCCGCACCCUUGCAAAGCCAAUCGCGACCCAAUUGAAGACACAAGCAGCCCAGCAUGAAUCGUUCCGCCGUGUCUGUGUGGCCAUCGCGCAGACAAUGCAUCGCUCUGAGAUGGCGCUGCGAUACGGGCUCUUACCCAAGGCGCCAAUGAGAGCGCAUAUACCACGAGCAGAGGCCAAGGCUGGGGAGGAUGGCGGUGAGGAGGGAAAGGAGAAGGAGAGGGAGAGACCGAAAGUGCGGCCAUUGAAUGAGGCAAAAGCGAUAGCGAAUGGCGCGAACUUCCUCUCAGAAGCCUUCCUCUUCCUCAUCGCGGCAGCACUCAUCCUCGGUGAAUCGUACCGCAGCUCAGCCAAGAACAAGAAACAGCGAAACCGCACCGAGGAGAAGGUCGAGGAGGUCGCUAGAGCGGUUGAUGCGUUGUGCGUUAGAUUAGGCGUUGACCCACGCGCCGUUGGGCUCGAUUUAUCAAAGGAGGGCGAGGACGGCGAAAGUGAGGGGGAGGGGGAGGACGGGCCACAGAGUGACGAGCAGCUCGAGGCUAGUAGACAUGCUGCAGCGGCAAUGCAUCGUAGGAGGGAGGAUGAGGAUGAGGUCAAGAGACUGAGGGCUGCGGUCAGUGUGCUGCUGAAGAUGGCGCUCAAGUCGGGGUGGGUACAGGGCGGGGAGGCGCUGGACCUCUCCAAGAUCCUCGAUGGAGCAGACGGUGCUGGUAGUGGCAGUAGCGGAGCAUCUGGCGAACAGAGCCAAGCAGAAGGAGGAAGGGGCCAAAGUCAGGCUGACGAGCAAGACAAGGAGCCUUCAGCCUCGCCCAUCCUCGACCAGGUAGCAAAAGCAAGAGCGAGACAGUUGGCUGAGAUGUCGCGGGUCAGUCCCAGUAGUGGCAAUACCUCAGCAUGAUCCUCAAUAGCAUACCCAUCAUCGGCCUCGUCAUUAACGUGGGCCAGCC